UCCAAGCUGUAAAGGGGGUUUUGUUUCUUACAUAUAACAUUUCAACACCUCUACAGGACCAGAAAAAAGAACUUGGUUUUGCAGAAAUCCCAACUGUUUUUUUUAAACUUGCUUUUUAAUAUAUACACAAAUACAUAUAUACAUAUAUAGAGUAUAUUCUUGCAACCUGCCAAGAUGUCAAAAGUAGCAAAAUACCGACGGCAAGUCAGUGAAGAUCCAGAUAUUGACAACUUAUUAUCCACUUUGUCUGCAGAAGAGAUGGAGGAGCUAGAAAAAGAACUGGAUUCAUCUGAUACAGAUGGGAGCAUUCCAGUAGGCCACGAGCAGAGAGAUAAAACUGACAAGCAAUUGAGUGGCAAGUGCAAUCGAGAGGAAACACUCAGCUACCGUGAAAAGGAGACCAAGAAAUUUAUUCCAAAGGAACAGUCAACGGAUAAGGAAGCAAAGGCAACGGAGAAGAAGAAAGAGGCAAAGAUUCUUGAAGACAAACGUAAGGAGCCUUACAGCAGAGAUCUGAAAAAAAGUAGAACUCCUGAUCUGAUAAAGGAAGGGAAAAAAGAAGAACAGGUCCAGAAAGGAAAGGAUGAAACAGACAGCAAUAACAAAAUGGGACAAGCCAAAGAGAAAACCGGUAAGGAUGAAAAAAGGUUUUCCAGAGAGAAAGAAAAAUCCAUGGCGGCAAGUAAAAGUGUAACAGGCCAAGUGAGAGGGGAAGAAAGGGGUAAACUGCUAAAGAGCAGGUCAGUAGAUGAUACAGGAAGAGAAGAGAGGACAUCAGAACAUAAGAAAGGGCCUGGGUGGGACAGAAAGACUGAAGAUAAAAAAGAAUGUGAGAAAAUAGGAGAAAAAAAAUCAGCUUUAAAGCCAGUCUCAAAGAGAGAUGAUAAAAGAGAACCCCUCAAAGCAGGAGAAAAAAGUUCAACUACAAAGCCAGGCUCAAAAGUUGACAAUGAAGAGAAACUCUUAAAGGAUAGUAAAGGAAUCCCAGAGACAAAGGUACCAAUUUUAGAGCAAGAGGACAUGAUCCAAGAGCCUUCGGAUAGCAGCCCCUCUAAAUCUGCAGAAAGUUCUUCAGGCCAGAGCAAGGAGGAUGAAGCCACCAGCAUCUUUGAUGAACCCUUGGAAAAGAUCAAGAAUAAUGACCCAGAGUUGGUAGAAGUUAACGUCAACAAUUCUGAUUGUAUCAACAAUGAGAUCCUGGUACGCUUUGCUGAGGCCUUGGAAUUCAACACGGUGGUCAAGGUCUUUGCUCUGGCCAACACGCGUGCUGACGAUCAUGUUGCAUUUGCCAUUGCCAUCAUGCUAAAGUCCAAUAAGACCCUGACAAGCAUAAACCUAGAUUCCAAUCAUAUCACAGGAAAAGGAAUCCUGGCCAUCUUUCGUGCGCUGCUGCAGAACAACAUUCUGACGGAGCUGCGCUUUCACAAUCAGAGACAUAUUUGUGGAGGGAAGACCGAGAUGGAGAUAGCCAAGUUGCUGAAAGAGAACACCACAUUGCUGAAACUGGGUUACCAUUUUGAAUUAGCUGGCCCACGCAUGACGGUCACAAACCUGCUAAGCAGGAAUAUGGACAAACAGAGACAGAAACGCUUACAAGAGCAAAAACAGGCCCAGGAAAAGACAGAGAAGAAGGACUUCCUUGAGGUGCCAAAGGCACGCUGCUUGCCAGUUGGCUCGCCAAAGAUUUCUCCAAAACCAUCCCCCAAAACCUCUCCAUGGUCUUCCCCUAAAGUUCCUCCUAAGAAAUCUGGCACUCCAGAUGCUCCUCCUCCCCCACCCCCACCUCUAGCCCCUCCACCUCCUCCUCCCUUGAUUAAUGAAAACUUACGCUUGUCCCUUUCUCCGGCCACUCAGAGGAAGAUGGUGGAGAAAGCACUUCCUCCCCAGGAGAAGAAUUCCAGAGAUCAACUUCUGGCUGCCAUUCGCUCUAGCAACAAGAAGCAGUUGAAAAAGGUGGAGGUUCCCAAGUUACUUCAAUAGUAGGGAGAGGAAUCUUGGACAGUGGAGAUUGCCAAGGCUGAAUCAUUGUGUUUGUCUUUCGGGUGGCUGUUUACAUAAGAAGAACACAACAGAGCAACAGCCUGCCCUGUGUUAGUUCCAGAUGAACUGUGUUCUCUAUGGGAUUAAUUUGGAUACAAGAAUUAAAUGGAUUGCCAAAAGGCGUUGUUAUCAGGAAGAAGUAAUAUUUAUUUUUAGUCCUUUUUAAUAACAAAACUUGUUUUUCUCCUGAAAAGAAGGAUCUGCAGAUAUGGUAUAUUUGGGCUUUUUGUCUAGUUUUCCUUGUGGGAGCUCAGAAAGUAAAGGGGCAAAUGUGAUCAACGAAGAAGUCUGAAUUUCGGGUAUUCCUGCUUAUCUCAUCAUUUCCCAGGCAGCAACACCGUAAUCGCUUGCCACUAGGAACAUCUAAAGAGCUACACUGGAGCAGUAGCAUCAUGAGAAGGUGUCCAGCAUACUGCCGGUACAAGAAGACUCUAAAUGGAGCUAUGUCACAUUUGUGCCCGUUGCGGCUUGAUUGAAAUGGCGAUGUCAUGUUCUGUUUUGCCUGUAUACUGAAGCAGGAGGGUGGGGGAGAAAUCAUGAAGGCAAAACUCAUUGUUCAAUGUCUCUGUGAUUUCAAGGAUUCCAUUUCUCUGAUAGCAAAAAUCAAACACAGGUUCCUGUAGGUGAUGGCUUUUUGGGUGGAAAGAAAUGGGUAUUUGCUCCACAUUUGAUUGCUAAAGACUUGUCAUGGUGGCAUGAUGUAGCCGUAUGCAAAGGCAGCUGAAUGAACUGCAUUACUGCUGGGUCUGGGGCUCUGCUGCUUCCGCUUCUGCUUCUGAAGUAAACGACAGUUUCCCAAUUCAUUUUAGAUUUUACAAUACUUAAUCUUAGAAUUCAUAUAGGAGAAAAAGAACAAGCUUAGCUGUCAGUGGGAGGUAAUGGAAAAGGCAAGCAGUCCACAUAUAUAAACAGAUGAACUUUUG